GGGCGUGUGUGCAGCGGUGUGCUGUCAGGUCCCCAGGCCUGUACCGUCUUUCAGAUGACACUGUUCUCUUCUUUCAGCUGAAGCAGUAGGGUUUUCCUUGGCGUCCCUCGCUUGCCUCGGCUCUUCAUUGCAACCUGCCCUUCGCACGUUGCCCCUUUCUACUCCUGAGUCCUCACGCAGCCAGGAAUGAAUGGAGUAGAAGCCGGCCGUGACAAGCGGACGCAAAGUUGUUGCUUGUUCGCUGCCGGUCUGUGUUCGUCCUUGCCGCCACGGACCCGCGGCUCCACUCAUCUUUCUUCUCCGGCACUCGAAAGCCACAAAUUCACGUGAAAGACGGCGAGAAACUGUGCGUCUUGUUUCGGUGUCUCUCGCGAAAAACAUACACACACACACACACACACACACACACACACACACACACACACACACACAGAGAGAGAGAGAGAGGAUGUGUUGUUGGUAGAUGAUGGUGAUAGCUUCGUCUCGCGUGGGAGUCGCCGAGCCACCGUCAUUGCCAGCAACAAUCCUCAAUGGAGGGGGCCACGGCAGCCGAGCACGGCACACUAGUGCAUAACGGGCAGUAUAUCCAAUACAACGUAUGCGGCAACAUGUUUGAAGUGCCGACCAAGUACAUCCCUCCUAUCCGUCCAAUCGGGCGCGGCGCUUACGGUAUCGUUUGUUCUGCUAUUAACACCGAGACAGGGGAGGAUGUUGCCAUCAAGAAAAUUGGCAAUGCCUUCGAGAACCGUGUCGAUGCCAAGCGCACUUUGCGCGAGAUCAAGCUGCUUCGUCACAUGGACCACGAGAACGUCAUCGCUAUCCGCGACAUCCUUCGUCCUCCUGAUCGCACCAAUUUCAACGACGUUUACGUCGUCUACGAAUUGAUGGACACCGAUCUUCAUCAAAUCAUCCGUUCCCGUCAAGAUUUGUCUGAAGACCACCGCCGCUACUUCCUUUAUCAGCUCCUCCGAGGCCUCAAGUACAUCCAUUCUGCCAACGUUCUCCACCGCGAUUUGAAGCCAAGCAAUCUUCUUGUCAACGCCAACUGCGAUUUGAAGAUUUGUGACUUCGGCUUGGCCCGGACUUCGACGGAGGGCAACGAUUUCAUGACCGAGUACGUUGUGACGAGGUGGUACCGGGCACCGGAAUUGCUGCUCAACGUGGCUGAUUACACUGCGGCGAUAGACGUUUGGUCUGUAGGCUGCAUAUUUAUGGAGCUGUUAAUUAGAAGACCUAUCUUUCCUGGGCGGGAUUACGCGCAGCAGUUGAGGCUGAUAACAGAGUUGUUGGGGUCACCGGACGAGGCGGAGUUGUCGUUCCUACGGAACAGCAACGCGCGGAGGUACAUGCAGUCUCUGCCGCGAUAUCGAAGACAGACGUUGCAAGAAAGGUUCAGAGACAUGGACCCAGAGGCAGCGGAUUUGAUGAACAGGAUGUUAAUUUACGAUCCUACGAGGAGAAUUACGGUCGAGGAGGCGCUUAGUCAUCCGUAUCUGCGCAGCCUGCAUGAUAUCAAUGAUGAGCCGCGUUGUGAUACACCCUUCGAGUUUGAUUUUGAACAGCCGGAUCUGAUUGAAGAUAGGAUAAAAGAUCUUAUCUAUGAGGAGGCGUGCAGGAUGAAUCCAAUAGAUCCGAUGAUGUGAAAGGUAGACCAGGAGGCUGAGAGAGAGAGAGAGAGAGAGAGAGAGAGAGAGAGAGAGAGAGAGAGAGAGGGUUGGUUCCUGUGGCAUCGUGGUUAGGGGAGAGUCUUUUUCUGUCUAUUUCGUUUGUCUUGCACUUGGAGGCCGUCUAUUCGCGUCGUUGUUCUGGAACUAAUCUGAGGCGCGCCGAUUAUUGUCGGCUGCUCGUCGACGUCAACCAGCGAAGGGAAGAGAGGAUAUGGCCAUCGAAGCGCAGAAGCUAACAUGAACGACGACGACUUAAGGGGGCUCGGGUUAUCUUCUGCUUGACAAGCCUGCUGGAAGGGAUGGGUAAUUAACUGACUGCUGGCGAGGAAGAGGGAGAACCUUGGCGAGGAAGAGGAAAAACCACGGUUGGUGUUUUGUCGAUGCUGUGCAUAGAUAGAAAUGAAAUAGAGGCACUCGACUUAAGCGAGUCCGCUCGCUGGAAAUGGAAGAGUUGAUUGGUUCUACUCGGUGGGAACGAGAGCGUUGACAUAAUCUACCCACCGGCGGAGAUGGGUGCGACGGAGAGCAAGAAGUACAGCGCUGCGUUUCCAAUUCGAUGAGCAGAUGCUGAUUUCCUUUGAGUUAUAUACUACUAUGUUUUUUCUUCGAUUAGAGGAAAUCAGGUGGUCGAAGAAUCUGCUAGCCGUUUUCGAUUUUAUGAAAUCAGGGGGUGGAAGAAUCUGCUGGACGUUGUCGAUUUGAUGAAAUCAGGUGGUGGAAGAAUCUACUAGACGAACGAAAUGAAAGUAGGAUAAGGCAUGAAGUCGUUUAUAGUCGCUAGUGGGUUGAGUUUGCUAGUAGUCACGACGUCGACAUGAAGGGGAGAAGCGAGGGAGGUGGAAGGAAAUGGCGGGAAGGAGGAGUCUGCAAGACGGCGGGAAAAGCAGAAGAAGAGGAGGGAGGGGGAGGGUUGACCGGCCAUGGAAGCGGGAGGGGGAGGAGGAGGGAAGUGUGUGUGUGUGUGUGAGAGAGAGAGAGAGAGAGCAUGGUUUAAGCGGGAAAGGAGUGUUGAGAGUGUAUGAGAGUGAAGGCGGGAAAGAGGAUAUGGCCAUGCAGACCAUGAACUCCGUUUUCCCGCCUUUUUCUCGUUUUGAUCUUGUUGCAGGCGGUUUCCACAUUUUGCCGCCUCGGUUAUUUCAGAGAGGCCGUUGUUUUGUUGGGAAUUGAACAGGUGGUGGGGCAAAUGGGAAGAAGGCAUUGCUUGCUUGCUACGCUUUGCUCGUCUUUAUCUUCUUCGAGGAUAACAUGGUUCUCGAGUGCACGGAGGCUGGCUUUAGAUGCAUGAAUGAACAUGGAUAUGUCAUCAUGGGAUGGAGUGCGGACUAUUAUUAGGUGCUUUGUUUUAUGGGUUUUACUAGGUGCUUUUAUUUCUUUAAAAAAAAUCUAAUACUACUACCUUCGUAAGGUUUACUCCGGCGAAU